CGGAGAAAAGAGGGAGAGAGGGUUUCUCAGCUGAAAUCAAAAUGGGUAUUAUCAGAUUUCAAAUCCUGAAUCCGACGAGGAUUUGUAGGUCUACUAUAUAUUAUAUGUCUUGCCGUUAUCUGCCAUCAUCAUCAUCAUCAUCAUCACCACUCCGAGUAUCUUCUUCUUCAUCGCAAAAACCUAGUUUCGAUUUCUCCAGAAGGUGGCAUUUUGGUCACCCUGAUCAUCACCAGCAAUAUCAAAAGCCUGGAGAAGAAGGGGAGAAGAUAUUCCGGCUAGGUCUCACCGCAGAUAUAGGUUUAUCUGUCGCAAAAGCUCUCACCGGUUAUCUCUGCGGCAGCACCGCCAUUAUCGCCGAUGCUGCUCAUUCCGUUUCCGAUGUGGUUCUAAGUGGUGUUGCUCUAGUGUCUUACAGAGCUGCAAAUGUUCCCAAGGACAAAGAACAUCCUUAUGGUCAUGGUAAAUUUGAAACGCUUGGAGCACUUGGCAUCUCUGCCAUGCUUUUGGCUACUGGCUCUGGUAUUGCCUGGCAUGCUUUAGACCUUUUAUCUAUUGCACUGUCCGCAGCUCCUGAGGUAAUUCAUAGUGGACAUCAUCACGGCAUUGAUAUGAAUCAUCCCAUUCUCGCUUUGACUGUUACUAUUGCUUCCAUUUCUAUCAAAGAAGGGCUUUAUUGGAUCACAAAACGAGCAGGUGAAAAACAAGGGAGUGGUUUGAUGAUGGCAAAUGCUUGGCAUCAUCGAUCAGAUGCUAUUUCUUCUCUAGUUGCACUUGUUGGAGUUGGAGGUUCUAUUCUCGGAGUUAAUUUUUUAGAUCCUCUAGCUGGCCUUGUUGUCUCGACAAUGAUUGUCAAUGCCGGACUGAAAACAGGACACCAAAGUAUCUUGGAACUCGUGGAUGCUGCUAUACCAGCUCAGCAAUUAGAGCCAAUAAGACAAACCAUAUUACAGGUUGAAGGAGUGAAGGGAUGUCAUCGGCUAAGGGGUAGGAGAGCUGGUUCAUCGUUGUAUCUUGAUGUACACAUUGUGGUAGAUCCUUUUUCCAGUGUGAGUGUCGCACAUGAGGUAGGAGAAUAUGUACGGAGACAGAUUAAUUUGAACCAUCCUGAAGUGUCCGAAGUUUUUAUUCAUAUAGAUCCAGCCUUUUUACAGUUUUCUUGUAGCACCAAGGAUCAUGACAGUAUAACGAAGGAAAGUAACAUCUGCCAAGAGAUUAAACAUGUUGAAGCCACUGUCUCAGACAUUUUUUCGUCGCAGUUGUCUGAGAAAUUGACGAUCAAACGAAUUACACCCCACUUGUUACAUAGCAAGAUCUUGCUCCAAAUCGUAGUCGCCAUGCCAUCAACCAUGUCCAUACAGGACGUCAUGAUAGCUGCUGAACAUGCAGAGAAAGAGAUUCUGAAGGCAGCCCCAAAUGUGGCUCGUGUCAGCAUUCAGCUUAGUCUUAACUCCGAAUAACUUUGAAGGAAAUAACAAGAGAAGACCCCUCUGCAAUGGCUGCAACAACUAUAAUUUUUAAAAAAAGAAAUACAGUGCGCUAACUAUGUUCAUACUGAUUGUCAAUAUUUUGUUGAUAUUUCUGGCUUUCUUUACACUGCUCAUCGAAGUUGUUUCUUUCUGAUGAGCAAUUUAAUCUCGAAAAUUUGCAACUUGAUGAUUCCAAAGCUGAGAAAAGUUUUGGGAAUGUAA